GUCUGUCAGUGGCAGUUGACCAAUAUAUGAAAAAAGAGAGUAAACGGUUGAUCGAGUUGAAAUAUUAAAAUUUGUUUUGUUUUUCUGUUUGGAAAGUAACAAUGCAAAUCGUGAAAAAUAUAAUUUUUAAAUGAAAAUAAAUAAGUUAUGUGACUUAAAACGUAAUUUGUGGUAUUAGUUUGCUGCUUUAAUCAAAUGCCAGCAAAACUAGAAAUCUUAUACUUUCGAAACAGACCCGUCAUUUUAAUUUUAUAUUUUUAAAGUCUAAAUUCAAAAUUUUUAUUUUAUAAUUUGAUCUAAAAACUGAAGACAUUCAAUAAUUAAUCGUGGUUAAUCCCCAUCGUCAUGACUGAAGGCGAAGAAAAUUGUCUGGCGUUGCAAAAGUUCAAUUGCAACUCUGAGGGCAAAUCUUCACAAAUGAUGGCAAAUGAAAACAGUACGGAAACUAUUGACUCCACAUCGCCAACUAAUUCAACAGACUCAUCUAACACGAGUGAUACAAGUGAAUUAACCGUGCCCAGUGCUACCAGACCAAAUUCAAUCCAUGGUUGCGCAAAUCCAGAAGGAUGCGUGACACUGCAAAAAAUAUUGGAAUCAUUCAAAUCUGCUCUUUCGGAGGAACAGGCCUGGGCACUGUUAUAUCAAUACACCGCUUUUUACAAAAACGCAGCACAACUGAAAAAUGGCUGCAUCUUUCAAAUGGCAGAGAUACCUGAAAAUAUUGAUCAAUUCCACAUACAAGUAGAUGGAGCGGUGCACUGUUCUUGUGCUAUAUCCACAACCACAGAACUCACAACAAAAGACGUACCACCUGAAAGAAAUAAGGAAAUUGAUUUUCACAAAGCAGUUGCGGCCAAAUUGAUACUACGCAGGAUUGCCAUCAAUAUUUAUGCAGUGCUGGAUUACAACCUACCAGCAGAAGAACAAUGUCAAAUGUCACAAGAGCUAGAAAAUUUGAUAACUUUAAUGACAGCUGAUGAAAACGAUGACGAUUGCGUUGAUGAAGGAAUUGAAGAUAUUAAACGUUGGGAUGAGUAUGGUGAAGAUAAAGGCGAAAAUUUUAAUGAAUUUGAAUAUGUAUUGAAGGCAUGUGAGGAACACAUAAAACCAACAAGCCCGGAAGAUCACUAUAAAGCUGUCUGUCGUGCUUUAGUAUCCGAGGCGAUUGAAUUUAAUGCAUUUCUCCAACACGUUCUACAUGGUCCUUCAGAUAUGCACAUGGAAGAAGAAUCUCAAACAUCACAACAAGAAUUAGCACAACUGGGUUUUAUGGAUUGGGCAAGAUUUUGGGUUCAAGUAAUUGAUGAGCUGCGACGUGGCGUUAGAUUAAAAAAGCGAAACUACGAACGUACUCCUAUAGAAUACGAGUUGACGCCCUAUGAAAUUCUAAUGGAAGACAUCAGAUUCAAACGCUAUCAACUACGCAAGGUAAUGGUCAAUGGGGAAAUUCCACCUAGAGUUCGAAAAAGCGCACAUGCACUGAUAUUAGAUUUCAUCAGAUCACGUCCGCCAUUGAAAAAGGCCUCUGAGCGGAAACUUCCACCUCCUCGUAAACGUGAACUGUCAGCACGUGAAGAACUCUUGGACUCCAUUCGUAAAGGACAACAACUUAAACAUAUACACCCGCCCACUUUACCGCGACUAAAAGAUCGGUUGCUUAUGUCAUCAACAUCAUCAAUUGUUGCUCCUAUUGUUACAACAUCAUCUGCAACUACCCAAUCAUCCGCACAACCCACAUCUGCAUCAAGCUCUAACACAAACCUGCAAAACAAAAUCAACUCAUUAAAAGAAAACCUGGACCCACAUAUGUCUCGAUCAAAGCAGCGGCUCAUCAAGGUGGAUUUUUCAUUGCUAGAAGACGAUGAUAAUAUAUUUGAUGAAUCUAUUAGCGCUUCCGUAUAUACAACCACCAGCACAAUGGGUUUGUGUUCACAGCCCAAAAUGCCACCUUAUCCCAUUGGAGGUUUUGUCAUAUCAAGUAAUAGCGGGAUGCCCAUAAUAAAACCACAACAACAUCCCACACAUAGCGCCCUAAGGCGAACAACUAAAGAGGAAAAUGGCUCAGAGGACGUUACCCACAGGUCUUACAACACUGAAGCAGAAUCAUAUGGUCUAUUUUCGGAAUGUGAAACACGUCGAACUGCCUCACGACGACAUACGAUUGUUGGGUGUCAAAGUAAUUUCGAUGAGAACCACUCAACCCCACCAUCUCGAUCAGAAUCUCGGCAAUCGGACGUCAAUUCCAAUUCUAGUAGUAGAGAUAUGAACAAACCCAAUAAGUUGAGCUAUUCAAAUCAAACACUACUUCAAAGACGAAGAGCUAAUAAUCAACCAGAGCAAUCAAAACUCGUUUCUCAUCCCACAGAAGUUGUUCCGGUUACUGAUGUCGUCGAUUCCAAUAAUGAAAGACCGUGGAAUAAAUCAUUUUUAGAUGAAAAAACAUGGCAGGAACGAGGUGAUGACCGUUUAUCUCUCACACUAGAAGAAAUUGUGCAUAUUCGCUCUGUAAUGACAAAAGCUGAACUUGAGGGGCUUCCCGUAGGUGUACGUGUUAAAGAGGAUGUUGAAAAACGAAAAGUAUGUUUCUUAUGCCUUCGUACACGUUUUUCCAUAUUUGGACCUUGGGGUAUACAAUGCAAAUUAUGCCAGCGAACUGUUUGUUCAAAGUGUUAUACCAAGAUGCGCAUACCAUCUGAGCAUUUUCGCAAUGUGCCCCUAGUACUUAUAUCACCAUCACUGCUGGCUAGUCCCGCUGGCUCGAAUACACCUUCUCCAUCACACUAUUCUAAUCAUUCACAUUCGGCAUCUACUGGUAAUAUUUUGGAUGAAACAUUUCCUAAAUCCUUAAUUGAACGACUGUUACGAGCAGAACCACAAAGAAAGACUCGACACACCGUAGGUAGUGCACCUUCUUCCCCAAAACACCAAAGAUCCAAUAUGAGUACUCCCGGCAUCAUGACUAUGAGCGAAAUUACCACUAAUACAACAAAUUAUGCUGCUGCAGUAGCCACAGGUCAAGCGGUUGAGGCAAUGUACGACACGGCAACAACAUCCUACAAGAGUGGCGUUAAUCUAACAUCUGAUGCGGCAUAUAAUGCUGGCGUUGAUGUUAUUGGAAGCAGCAAUUUCAACAACAACAAAGAAUACCACUCUGGUGGUAGUAUAAUUGCAACGGCAAACUCGACAGCCCAAAUCUGUAACAAACAUAUUAGUAAUAUGUCUCGUAGUGUAGAAGGUCCUCGAAGCUUGCCUGUGAAUAGUCCAGCUCGUCAUUAUUCAAACAAUAGCACCCUAGAUAGAAAGAAUAAAUUUGCACGUACAUUGGCACUGUCCUCCUCUAGUGCUAACUUUGGCCAAGAUCUGAAGGAAAGCAUUCGUGGCGAACAAGUACCUGUUUGUAAUGACUGCAAAGGCCUUGUUAUGGAAAUUACAAGAUCAUCAAAACAAACACGAUCAUCUGCUCGUAAUCGAACUAUACGCAAUUUGACAUUAGACUUAUCUCCUGUUUACAAAUGAAAUCAUC